AUGGCGAUUAGGGUUUUUCUCACUCUUCUUCUUUUUCUCUCUCUAACCAAUCUUGCUUCUUCGAUUUACGAAGAUCAAGUUGGUCUCAUGGAUUGGCAUCAACAGUAUAUUGGGAAGGUAAAGCAUGCUGUGUUUCAUACUCAAAAGACUGGGCGGAAGCGUGUUUUAGUGUCCACUGAAGAGAAUGUUGUGGCUUCACUCGACCUUCGCCAUGGAGAGAUUUUUUGGAGGCAUGUUCUUGGCACCAAUGAUGUUGUUGAUGGAAUUGACAUUGCCCUUGGAAAAUAUGUCAUUACUCUUUCCUCUGGUGGAAGUAUAUUGAGAGCAUGGAACUUACCUGAUGGGCAGAUGGUUUGGGAGUCUUCCCUUCAGGGAUCAAAGGAAUCAAAGUCAAUAUUAAACAUUCCUAAAAAUUUGAAAGCUGACAAAGAUGAUUUGAUUCUUGUUUAUGGUAAAGGGUAUCUCCAUGCCAUUUCUGGCAUAGACGGUGAAAUUCUCUGGAGGAAAGAUUUUGCCGGUGAGAGCAUUGAAGUUAACCAUAUUAUUCAGUCUCCUGAAGUGAUCUAUGUAGCUGGUUUUGUUGGUUCUUCAAAGUUUUACGUGUAUGAAUUGAGUGCUAAGAAUGGAGAGCUGUUAAAGAAUAAUCAUAUAACACUUCCUUUUGGAACUUCUGGGGAAUCAUUAUCAGUCCCAGGUGAUAAGUUUGUGGUAUUGGAUGAUGUAAGGUCAAAGAUAGUAACAAUAAACUUCAAUAAUGGAGAUAUUAACUACAACCAGAAGCAAAUUUCAGACCUUGUCAAGGAUUUGUCUGGACAGGCAGUAAUAUUACCAUCAAGGCUUCCAGGACUGUUUGCAUUAAAAAUCAAUUCCCAUGUUCUUUUCAUUAAAGUGACAAAUGAAGGUGAGUUGGUGCUGGUGGACAAAAUUGAUAAUGCAGCAGCUUUUAGCAAUGCCCUGUCAGUUUCAGAGAAUCAACAUGUUUUUGCAUUUGUUCAAUAUGAAGACAAUAAAAUUCACCUAUCUGUAAAGGAUGUUAAUGAUUGGAAUGGUGAUUUGCUAAAGGAAGACUUGGUAGUAGACCAUCAAAGAGGAAAUAUUGAGAAGAUAUUCAUAAACAAUUAUGUCAGGACCGAUAGAUCUCAUGGGUUUAGAGCAUUGAUGGUAAUGGAGGAUCAUUCACUUCUAUUAGUUCAACAAGGAGAAAUCGUCUGGAGUAGAGAGGAUGGUCUUGCCUCAGUGGUUGAUGUAACAACAUCAGAACUACCUGUGGAAAAGGAUGGUGUAUCUGUGGCAAAAGUAGAACAGAACCUAUUCGAUUGGCUUAAGGGACAUGUUCUGAAACUCAAAGGAACUCUUAUGAUUGCAAGCCCUGAGGAUAAAGUAGCUAUUCAAAAACUUAGGUUGAGGAGUUCUGAGAAAAGCAAAAUGACUCGUGAUCAUAAUGGUUUUCGUAAGUUGCUUAUAGUACUUACAAGGGCAGGAAAGGUUUUUGCUUUGCAUACCGGGGAUGGACAUGUAGUUUGGUCUACGGCGCUUCAUACUCUGCGUAAAUCAGAAGUGUGUGAACAUCCAGUUGGGCUUAACAUUUAUCAAUGGCAGGUUCCGCAUCAUCAUGCACUGGAUGAGAAUCCAUCUAUUCUUGUCAUUGGGCGAUGCGGACCAAGUUUGACUGCACCAACUGUUCUUUCAUUCCUUGACGCAUACUCGGGGAAGGAACUCAAUUCUCUGAAUCUUGCUCAUACUGUUGCUCGAGUUAUUCCAUUGCCUUAUACUGAUUCAACUGAACAGCGUCUGCAUCUUAUUAUAGACGUAAACAGACAUGCACAUUUAUACCCAAGAACUCCUGAAGCUAUUGAGAUUCUGAAACAUGAGUUUUCAAAUGUAUACUGGUACUCUGUUGAGCUUGAUAAUGGUGUUAUUAGAGGUCAUGCCUUGAAGAGCAAUUGCAUUCAUGAAGUAGUGGAUGAAUACUGCUUUGUUUCCAGGGACUUAUGGUCAAUUGUAUUCCCAUCUGAAUCAGAAAAGAUUAUUGCAACAGUGACAAGAAAAUCAAAUGAGGUUGUUCACACUCAAGCUAAAGUUAUGACUGACCACGAUGUCCUGUACAAGUAUAUAUCAAAGAAUAUACUCUUUGUUGCAAAUGCAGCACCAAAAGCCAGUGGGGAAAUCGGAACAGCAACCCCAGAGGAGGCUUCAUUGGUUAUCUAUAUCAUUGAUACCGUGACUGGUCGCAUAUUGCAUCGCAUGACCCAUCAUGGUUGCCAGGGUCCUGUUCAUGCUGUAUUUAGUGAGAACUGGGUUGUCUACCACUAUUUUAAUCUCAGGGCUCAUAGACAUGAGAUGUCAGUUAUUGAGGUCUAUGACCAGUCUCGGGCGGAUAACAAAGAUAUUUGGAAGUUUGUUCUUGGGAAGCAUAAUCUUACAUCGCCCAUCUCGUCUUAUUAUCGUCCAGAAAUCUCAGCAAAAUCACAAUCAUACUUCUUUACUCACUCUGUGAAAGCCAUUGAAGUGACUUCAACUGAUAAGGGUAUAACCUCUAAGCAGCUACUUAUCGGAACAAUUGGUGAUCAGGUUUUGGCACUUGAUAAACGAUUUUUGGAUCCCCGGCGGACUCUCAAUCCCUCACAAGCUGAGAAAGAAGAAGGAAUUAUUCCUCUUACUGAUUCAUUGCCGAUCAUUUCUCAGUCCUAUAUUACACAUUCCCUAAAAGUAGAAGGUCUGCGAGGUAUAAUAACAGUGCCCGCCAAAUUGGAAUCUACAUCCCUCGUCUUUGCCUACGGAGUAGAUCUAUUUUUUACUCAGAUUGCUCCUUCUAGGACUUACGAUUCACUGACUGAAGAUUUCAGCUAUGCUCUACUUCUUCUAACAAUUGUUGCCCUUGUAGCAGCAUUAUUUGUUACUUGGGUAUUAUCAGAGAGGAAAGAUCUACAAGAGAAAUGGAGAUGA